CCGCCUUAAACUUCCUCCAGUAAAGCGCCAUUUUCGGCGUCGUCACGGGACUACAGCAUGCUGUUGUCAAAGAGAUAAUAAGACCAGUGUUUAGCGUUUUAAGACCUCUUUCUCAGUAUUCCUUAAAAAUGGGACGGAAAAAGAAGAAGCAGAUGAAGCCAUGGUGCUGGUAUUGUAAUCGAGACUUUGAUGAUGAAAAGAUCCUCAUUCAGCAUCAGAAGGCUAAGCAUUUUAAAUGCCACAUUUGCCACAAGAAGUUGUAUACUGGCCCAGGCCUGGCCAUUCACUGCAUGCAGGUACACAAAGAGACGAUUGACAGUGUACCAAAUGCAAUUCCUGGAAGAACAGACAUUGAGUUGGAAAUCUAUGGCAUGGAGGGGAUUCCAGAGAAAGACAUGCAGGAAAGGAGACGGACAUUAGAACAGAAAUCACAAGAGAGCCAAAAGAAGAAGUCAAACAAUCAGGAUGAUUCUGAUGAGGACGAUGAUGACGAUGAGGCAGGACCAUCAGCUCAACAGAUUGCUGCUGUCCAGCCCCAGGCAGGCUACGCUGCUCCAAUGGCUCAGCCUGGGAUGCCUCCUGUGGCUGGUGCACCUGGGAUGCCUCCAGGAGGAUAUCAAGGAAUGCCUCCUAUGAUGCCAGGUGUUCCUCCCAUGAUGCACGGCAUGCCUCCUGCCAUGCAUGGAAUGCCACCAGGGAUGAUGCCAAUGGGAGGAAUGAUGCCUCCCAUGAUGCCAGGGAUGCCUGGUAUUCCUCCAGGAAUGCCACCUCACAUGGCUCCAAGACCAGGGAUGCCUCACAUGGCACCAGCGCCCGCAGCAGGUGCGAUACCCAGUCGACCGGCAGCACCAGCAGCCCAACCUGCAGUCACCAAACCUCUCUUCCCCAGUGCAGCACAGAUGGGCUCUGGUGUUCACAGCAGCACAGCAGCCGUUUCCUCUGCACCUGCAGACCUUCAGUCUGCCUCCUCCCAGCCUCCCUUUCCUAACACGCCACAAGCCCAGCAGAGCGCUUCAGGAGCUGCAGCUUCAAACUCCCACAGUACAGCCGCUUCCUCCGACCCACCCAAAGCAACAUUCCCCGCCUACACCCAGCCCUCUGUCUCCUCUUCCUCUUCCACUUCUUCUUCUAAUCCCUCUAGCAGCACUGUGGCCAAACCCCCAGCCACAGUGACCAGUAAGCCUGCCACCCUCACCACCACGAGUGCAACUAGUAAGUUGAUCCACCCUGAUGAGGAUAUCUCACUGGAGGAGAUGAAGGCUCAGUUGCCCCGUUACCAGCGUUUAAUACCCAGGCCGGGUCAGGCCCAUGCGGCUGCUCCCCCAGUGGCAGCUGUGGGCAGCAUAAUGCCCCCGCAGCAAGGCAUGCCACCGCAGCAGCCUGGCAUGAGGCAUCCCAUGCAUGGUCAGUAUGGUGCUCCUCCUCAGGGCAUGCCAGGCUACAUGCCAGGAGGGAUGCCUCCAUAUGGGCAGGGUCCUCCUAUGGUGCCCCCUUAUCAGGGAGGCCCUCCCAUGGGCAUGAGGCCGCCUGUCAUGUCUCCGGCUGGACGCUACUGAAGCAGCAAAGCAGCCACCACAUUAGGUUUGAGGUUAACACCUUUCUCUCAUCCUUCUGCUUUUUCAAACCUAGCUGCAAGCAAAGAGCAGUUAAGACCCAGUGGUGGUGAAGACAAACAUUAUUUGUUAGAACACAUGGACAUUUAAUGUAACAUCUAUAUUGGAAAACAGCCAAACACCACAUAAGUUCCUGACAGUUAUUUUGUGGUUAUUUGAUGACAUGUGAGGAUAUAUUUUUUUUCCCAUAGGUUUCACUCAGGUUUAUAGAAGUGAAGUGUGGUAAAAUGAUUCAUAUUUCUUUUGAAGCUGCUGGAGUUACAUGAACGUACCAACCCCUUACAAAGGCAAGUUUCUCUUGUAAACAUAUGUUCAAUUUUGUUGUGUUUAUUUCUUUGGUAGAGUGAUUGAGACCCUCACAGCACACUUAGGUGCUGUUGGACUUGCGUCCCCAACCUUGGUUGGUGAGGGUCUCAGUAAUGAAGAUGAUUCCAACUGAGUAGGGUUACAAAUCCAUGACUCAUCAGUCUCUAGCUUUAUUCUUAUUUCAGGUUUGUUUUUAAUAUUUCCUGGUUAAAAGGGUACCUGUAUGCAUCCUUUGUAAUGUUUUAUGUAUCUGUUGUAAUAAAAUCCAUCUUGAAAUCCAA